AUGCCCCCCAAGUCAGAUAACUACGAUCAUCCCCCUGCUUCCUCCCGCCGGCCAUCUGUUCCAAGUGACCGAAGCUCCCCUCUCGUUCCCGAUAGAGGAACAUUUCAACAGCGACUUUGGGAUCCUACGAGGAUCAACGCUGACGAACGCGUUCUUCGAGAUCUACGUGAUCUAGAGGCUCGUAGGAAUGAUUUAAUGGCUCGUAUGCCCGAAAACUCUCGCCAUUCAGAGCGACAACCCUCGGACGAAUACGAGUCAGACCUGGAUACGAUUUUAUCUGAUGUUCAAUUUGCAAACCCUGCCGCACGCCUCUUAGAUCGGUUAUUGAUCGAUCAGGCAUCACGGACCCCGCGCGAGAACCAACCUUCAGACAGGCCAAGAGAACGCUUGAUUUAUCUCCGGAACUUGAUCCACCAAGAAAGCAACCACAUAAAUGCCGAAGAUACCCUUCGGGCCUUAGAGACACUGAACCAAGAAAUUGAAGAUCACUACCGUGAUCAAGCUCGGAGUGGACAAAUAACAAAUCAACAAGCCCAACAUUCUCGAAGAGCCUUGCUGGAACAGAUCCCUCAACUACAGGCGGCUGUCGUAGCCUCUGCGAAUUUGGAGCCUCGUCCCGCGAGCAACAGAGGCAACCGACGUCGUUCAUCCCGAUCGGACUUACGAGAUUCACUUCCUACUCCGUCACUCAUGCCCCAGUCCCAGAGCAACCGCGAUCGCGACCGCGACCGCCGGCAAAAGCGGCGCAAACUGGACGCGGAUGAUAACCGUGAGGGCUCUCGUGGGUUCAACUACGGGCAUCAAGGCCAGGUGGUUCCUGGAGCCUUGAAAAUGGAAAUUGCGAGCUGUGAUGGAGGCGUAUUCGAUCCAGAUCCAGACAGCUUUUUCCCGGGAAAUGUUCUGCGGAAUGAUUUGUCUGUGUACAGCACCAAGUCUAAUCGCUGGAAUUUGAUUCUUCGUCACAGAGACGAGGCCCCGUUCUGCUUGAAGAAGCUUGUCAUCAAGGCCCCCCGUUCUGGCUUCGAUUCCCCGUAUGUGAUCCCCAAUUGGGUCUCAAACUUGACUAAACUCAGUAGAAUCCAAGAAGGCAUGGUGUUUGUGUCCAUGACGUCGGAUGAAUUGCUUGCUCGGACCGCAAAAUAUAAGAUCGAGUAUUCCAAUCCACGACGCCGUCGUGGUCAUCGCCGAAUGAUCCAACCAUCUCAAGAAUAUCUAUCUGGCUUCCGCACUCCCCUUCAAACCCUUGAGCGCACCGUGCUCAUGGACCCUGACUCCGGUCCAAACUCCGUUCACCCCGCUGGUCGGGAUGCACACGAUCCCCAGGCCGAGUUCCGUGUCACUACCGAGUAUAACGAGACCACCGAAGACAAUGUGUUUGUGGGACGAGAAAAUGAUGACUCCACCUCUUCCACCGAAUUGGAAAGAGCCAACGAACUUGACGAUCUGCUCUGCUCCGAUACCGAUGAUGACUCUCCUAGUGACGACGAUGACGAGGAUCACCCAAUGACUCGCCGUCGCCUCGAAAUCCAACGCCGAAUUGGCUCCAUGCGCCGACAGAAUUCCGAUCCAUCUCAACGACGCCGCCAACCCCCAAGCUUGAUUGAUCCAAUUCCUUUACCUCCCGUACCUGGCCCAGCAAUGCCUACACCCAAUUCCGAGGUCCUCAAGCCGCACGCUCGUUUCUUCAUUGAGAGGGAGAAGAGUGUGGUCAGCAUCAAGUUUGACCCUCCUCCAUCGGGCCGUUUCAUUCUUAUCAAGCUCUGGAGUCCCCGCAGUGAAGGCAAUAUUGAUAUCCAAAGCAUCAUUGCUCACGGAUACGCGGGUCCCAGAUUCUUUCCGUCCGGCGGGUUCCGAUGA